UGAACUAAGUAAAAUGGUGAAAAUAAGUGUAGAAAUGGUGCGAAAGAAAGCGGAACAUCAUGACCGAUUGUUAGCUCCUCUAGAAGAAAUUUCUUUACAUCAAGAAAACAUUGAGAAGAUCGAGUUUAUUCAAGACUGGUGUCCAAAACUGAAAAUACUUCUCUUGCAAAGCAAUUUAAUCGCAAAGAUAGAAAAUCUGAAUAAACUCAAACACCUACAAUAUCUAAAUUUAGCGCUUAAUAAUAUUGAAGUUAUAGAAAACUUGGACAGAUGCGAAUCUUUAAAUAAACUAGACUUAACUUUAAAUUUUAUCGGCAAAAUUGUGAGCAUCGAAUCACUGGUUGGGAACUACAACUUGCAGAAUUUAUACUUGACUGGAAAUCCUUGUACUGACUUCGACAAUUACCGUGAUUUUGUUAUUGGAACUUUACCCCAGCUUGCUACGCUUGAUGGUGUUGAAAUCGAUCGAUCGAAUCGCAUAAUGGCGCUACAAAACCUUCCUCUUAUAAGAUCUGAUAUAUUAUUCGAACAACAAAAUUAUAUAUGCCAACGUCAAAAGCAAAAGACGAGACUACAAAAUGAUAUUACAAAUAAAUGGGAAAACGAAUACAAGGACAUGGAUCCGGAAGAAAGGAACAAAAAAUUUUGGGCUGAGAAAUGUGAACAUGCACCUGAAGUUAGAUAUGAAAUAGAACACAUGCGGCAACUAAAACUAAAGAGUGAGGAACCCGAAAAAAAGGAAGAAAAAAGGCCCAUUAAGUUAUUUGCUCCCGAUGGCAGACCCUUUAACAUAAAUCAAGCGAAAAUAAAAUUUUUGUUUAGCGAUGCGGAGCCUGAUAAAUUUAUAUUAGAUUUGGCCGUUUACAAGCAUUUAGAUAGUAGUCUUCUUGAUAUUGACGUCCAAGCGAAUUACGUUCGGGUCACUCUCAAGGGGAAAAUUUUUCAACUCCAUCUACCGGAAGAAGUUGAAACUACCAACUCCAUAGCUGAACGUUCACAAACAACUGGCCACUUGGUCGUGACGAUGCCCAAAGUUAAUGGCUCCUUGAAAUCAAAGAUGGCGCUGAAAUCAAAUUCGAAAACUCAAAUAGACCAACAAUGCAAAGAAAAUCAAACCGCUAUUACAGGACAAAGUAAAAGGGAAUUUCUGGAGAUUGGACCAGCUGAAGAUGUUCUUGACUUUACUAAGAUUACUAAAAAGACAAAUCCUACAUACAUAGACACGCGAUUAACACUGGAUGAAAAGAAACCGUCACACAACUUUGUUGAUGAUCCUGAAGUUCCACCACUUAUUUAA